GCGCCGGCCGCAGUUUGGCGGUGCGGAGGCGGCGGUGGCGGCGGCUCCUGCCGGGACGCCCCGUCCCCGAGGGACGCCCGUCCCGGUUGUCGGCCUGAAAUUCCUCUUGCUAGUCUUCCAUUCUGUUAAAUGCUUCGCAAACCAGAGCAAAGGAAGAGACAUGAAGAGUUGAAUUUCACUGCCUUGUUUGGAACUGGGUGGAAAUCCUGGAGAUGGAUCUCUUAGGAGUCUGUCUUCCAAUUGGGUUAGAUGCACAGGAGCAAUGGAUCGCCCCAGCUACCUGGAAGAGGACUAUUCUAGCCUGGAUGGGCUGGACGAUGACGUGUUUCACUCUGAUGACUUUGGACUUGCAGGUCAGCCUGGUGAGAUGACUGCAACUGGCUUUUUCACACAGAACCAGUCCUACAGCUGCCUUCUGGGGAGAUUUCAACUAUUCCCCCUCACACACUGCUGUGGUCCCGGUAUCAGGCAUCCUGAGCAGCAGGACAAGGCAACUCAAACACUCAGCCCAUCCUCUUCCAGUCAGGAUGUUAUGUUGCCUUGUGGAGUCACUGAAGAGCCACGGAGACUCUUCUAUGGGAGUGCUGGUUACCGUUUACAUGUCCCUCCAGCUGGUUUUGUGUUGGAUCCUCACCUCCAAGAGGAACCUCAGGAAGGUCAGCGGGAAGCACGUGCUGAGGUGCAGAUUGCACGGAAGUUGCAGUGCAUUGCCGACCAGUUCCACCGGCUCCACAUACAGAGGCAUCAGCAGAACAGAAAUCAAGUGUGGUGGCAGCUUUUUCUCUUCCUACACAACUUGGCCUUAAACACAGAGGUGAACAGGAACCACACUGGGCAGAGGUGAGCUUCGCCCGCCUGUUUCAGGCCACAUCCAGUCUGCAGGGAGCACUGAACAAACACUGGUUCGGGGGCGAGACGUUGCACACCGCCGGCCGGAUGUGAGGACUCUGACUUUCUGAUACUCGUCUUCAAGUUUGGGUGUCUUUAUGGACUCUUCUUUGCUGCUGCCUGCCUCGCGAGGCAGGGAGCUCUUGUCCAACACUGUUGAAGGAAAGCCAGAAUGUGGGUGUGUUUGGUAAAGCUUGCUGCUGGCUCCCCGCACCGGUGACCUCUGUGCAAGGGAGGCAGGUAUUAGACUGAAGGCUUCCUCUGCCCUGGGUAGUAGUGGAUGGUAGAGUGCAGGAGCGUCAUUUUGGUUGCUAGUUAAAAAUGAUGCCUGGGAUUGAUGACUAAAAAUACUUCGGGUAUCUUCCAGAACAGAGAUGCUCAAUUCCUCCACAUUUUUAGCAAUGAAAAAUAUUCAUGUAGCUUGGAACCAUCAGGUUACUUCUUUUAUUCAUUGGUUACUGUUUAUUUCAUUGCACCCUGUGUGAGAGAAAAUCACAAAGAAAUCUGACCUCUUCAGCCAUUCCAUUGGGUACCACUUGCAGCUCUCUCACAAGUUGUUCUUUGUCAUUGCCAUCAAAAAAAAAAUAAAAAAAAAUCAGUAGAACAGUCUGAAAAAGAAACUGUCUUGGGGUUGCUGGUGGCUAUUAGUUUCUGCCACUGCCUGCUUUCAGUUCAGUGUUCUCAGUGCCCAUGAGCCAGCAGAAAGCCAAACCCCAUGGAAUAUGGCAUAAGUGUCAUUCUUCUACAAUGCUAAUGUAUAUGUUUUUAGUAGCUUUGUGAUGGAUGUUUAUUUUAUUUUGGUUUUCUUUUCUCUUACUAUAAUGUGGUUGGUCAGGAACGCUUAGAUCCCAGGCAUCCGAUAAUUUUGCUUCAGGAUUUGACAGGGAAAUUAAUUAGCAUCUGGUCUGAUAUGUACACUGUACAAGCAGUCUGUCCAUUACUCUAGUGCAUAGUGUUUGGAGGCUGUUGUGAGCAUAUACUGACUAGCAGCAGUAAUGGUAUUUCAAGGGAGGUCUAUCAGUUCCCAGUCUGUAUGCACUCAGAGGUUUGUCCGUAUGGCUGACACUAUUGGACCAGCACAGGGAAACUACCCUACCAAAAGGAAGUAGCCUUAAAUAUUAAUGGCUACUUCUCUGUAGCCUUAAAUAUGCUUAGUUCACAGACCCAGUGACAACUAGGGUAAAACAUGAACAGAGAAGCAAUACAGACCUUAUUAUUUUUUCUGGAAAUUUCCAUAUUGCCACUGCACCUUGUUGUAAGUCUCAAAUGAUGCAACCAGCAUGAGGAAGAGCUGUCCAGAGAAUUGCUCUUCAGUUGUGUUAGAAACUACAGCUGCAGGUGUUGAGAAAUUCUUCUGCUCUUGAUCCACUCUGAAAAAUACGCAUUACUGUAUGGAAGAGUAGUUUACUUGCACAUAUGCUUUCCUUCUCCACCCCUCUUUGCGUAUUUGUCUCUAAUUCCUCCUUUCUCUGGUAUUUGUGUAAUCUCAUCAUUGCACUGUAGUGUCUGGUGACAGUUUGCUGAACAGAGUUAAUUUUGGACCUUCUUGCUUUCUUCCAGCCCCAUUCUCUCUGAUUUUCAUCCUGCUCUGCUGUGGCAGAAUGUACUUUAGCUCCCUGAAAGAGGUUCCCAAACCUUUUUCACCCUCAUGUAUUCACAGUCACUCUCUUUAAACAUAAGGAGAGAGUUUAUGAGAAAAAAGUUUUUUUUCUCCCUUUGUGUUAUUUUUCUAGCUAGAGCUAGAGUAAUAUGUUUGUCCAUGAUGGUUAAUAAUUCAUAUAAAUGAAUCUCAAGUAAUAUUUUUGGGGGUGGGUUUUAUGGAGGGGGAGGUGGGAGGUUUUUUUUAGGAGGGUGGAUUGUUUUUGGUUUUGUGUUGUUUCUUUAAGCAUGUGCACUACAGAGUUACCCAGAGUAAUCUAAGGGAUAGCUGUUGCUGACUAUGCUGCAGCAGGAUGGGAGCUGCUCUCUGCCCAUGCUGCCAGAGACGAGGCUUUCCAUCCUUUGCUUUGCGCAGUCUGCUUGAUGUAAGCGCUGGCCGUUGGAGAAAGAGGACUUAAAUGGUGGGGAAAGCCCAAGGUGUAGUGCAAGCACAGACUGAACUGUAAAGCCAAAUGUUAAGGAGAGAACUCUUAAAUAAGAAGCUCUUUAAGAGGCAGAAGUGGAAGUGUGGAGGCUCAGGAAGCAAGGCAGCAAUGAUGCCUCCCUGUAUGGCAUGCCCUUGGAUGUGAUGCUUGCAUUUCCCUCUGCUUUCCAGGACCUUUUUAUCAGGAACAGUCAAUGCUACAUCAUAACAGCUCUGCAAACUACAAAAAAUUCAGCAACUGCUUCUGACAUUUAAAAACCAUUGUCAGCUUUCCUCUUUCCCUCUGCCCUGACUUGACGGCCAAACAGGCGAAUAAGGCCCGUCCUCUGGACGCACAAGCUGGGAAGAUAAGUCUGGUAAUGCCACUUUCUAGUGUUAAGACCCGACCAACUUAUCUAGGACGAGACUCUUCUUAACAUGGAGAAACAAGUACCUGAAAUGGUUCCUCAGUCGGCCUGCUGGCCUCAAUAAAGUCAUUUGGCUCAGGGAAAGACACAUCUUUGCCAGUCCAUAUUUCCCACUGCAACAAGAGACUUAUCAAAAUUGGUCAUGCCAGGGUCUCAAAACCUUCUUGAACAACAAUACUUCCUUGGAGACGUAGAGCUAAUGCUAGACAAAGGCUGACUUCCUGCAAUAUGCAUGUUGGUUACUGGUGCCAGAGAUUUACAACCACUGAUAAUAUAUUUUAAUUAUAUUCCAUAUCUGCGUAUCUCAGAGAAAGGAAAUAUGCUCUGUCAACCCAAAAGUAUUACUUUGCUUCAUGUAGAUUUGGAGGGGCAAGCUGGUUAUUUGCUUAGGGAAAAGCAACUACUUCAUACUUAAAGUUUCACCUACCUGGGAAUAUAGUGGGAAGGUUUCACACAUUUAUCAGCAAACACAUGGAUGCACAGCACUCAUGUAUGUGUCACCUAUUCUGUGCUUGUAAGGCCCCUUGAAUGCCUGCUGGGGAGAUCUUGCCCUCAGAGUAGCUACCAGGGCUACUAUGUGGCCAGGGACAUAGGUCAGUUGUUUGGAGAAACGGUUCCAAAGAACAGGGUUUAAGUCCUGUUGCUGAAGGGUUGUGCUCAGGUUUUUAGAUAUGAGUUUGUUCUGGUAUAAAGAAUGGGACACUCUUUCUCUCUCUGCUGUAAAACUAGAGUCUAACAAUUUAGAAAGAAGAGCUGGAUCUUUCUCCUAGAACAAAUUCCUGUUUUUAAUGCGCAGUUCUUAAGAAAAACUUGAGCUGCUGUUGUUGAUGGUGCCAGCAGCCUUUAAAUAUCUUGCUUGCCUUCCCCAGAUCUCUGAAAGGGCUUCAGAACUCAACUGUCCUUCCUUGAGGAAUGGAGCUCUUCCUCCUCCCCAGCCUCCUACUCUUUUGAAUACCUUGUAACCUACCCAUCCUAGGAUCCAGCAAGCCUGGUGCUAGUAGGGAAUAGUUAGCUUUACUUUUGUUUCCUGCAAUUCUUGAAAGCUGAGCCAGUAAUCACAAAGUGACUGCCCAGGGAUAGUUGCAAACUGCUGCAAAUAGGACACAAAAAAGGCAGGGAAGAGGAUGAAAUUGCAUGGAAAGGGCUGCUGCUGGAUCUGUGUAGGGCUGCAGCCUUCCCUCAAGGUGCUGAUGUUCCCUGGUAGCAUUGAAUUCCUGCAUAACUGAUCACAUAUUUCAGUUUAAAUAGCUUGUUACUAAAUAUUUGUUGGUUAAACUCUUGUUUGAGGAGUCCUGAAAGAAACUUCCUUGUCGGCCUUUGUUUUGAAGCUGUGUAUCAGCAAGGAAAUAAGAGGUGAGGAACCCAGUCUUGGUGUAGAAAGGGUGAUUGCAAAGACAUCUUUUUACUGGCUGUUUAUUUUGUCCCCUAAGCCUGGAUUAAAGGUAUAGGCAGUGUGUAUAUGUGAAGUUACUACAGUCCUGUAGUUGCUCCAUAGCAGUCACUGGAGCUGUACCCAAGGGUGGAACUUCAUUUGGUGUGGCACUUGUUACUCUUCUGGGAAACAGCAGAUCCUGACCAUUAGUAGACUAGGAAGAAAGGUUGGUUUGCUUGUUUGUGUUUUUUUUUUUUUUUAAGAAAAAGCAAAAUUACUUGAGGCAGUUAUUACAAUGUGACCCUGUCAACUGUACAAUGAAUUCCACCCUUCUGCUGCUGGUCCUGACCCAUAUCUCUGCUGAAGCUGUGGGAAUGGUGACAUGCUGAGUGGUGUGAUAUUGAGGGUAUUUUUAAAGGGAAAAAUAGGGAAAGCACUCAGCAUAUGUGCUAGAAUCAAACAAGAAUGCAUAUUUGUGGAGGUCUUGCCUUGUUUUAGCAGCAAUAUUUACUGCAGAAUCAUAAAUAAGAGAACCAUGGAAUGCUGGUUCAUAUUAAUGGGAGGUCUGCCCAUGAACCAAGCACUGUUGAGUAUUAGCAUAAUUUGACAACAAAGGUUUUAAUAGUGUCUUUCAAAAGAGUCUGUCUUUCAAACUGGCAUUUGUGAUCAUUUGCAAAAAUGCCUACCUGUUGCCUUUGAUUGUUUUAGCAAGAAGAAAUACCUCAAGGAAUUGAUAAAAGAUCCUAUGACAAUCUUUUACAGUUCCUAAAGACUUCAGUGGUCUCUGUUUCUUUGGUUUGCAUGUGUUCACACAGGUGUUACACAGCUCAGCUCUUCUCCACCAGGAAAAGCAGAAAAGACCAAACACAUCAAAUGCACUGGAAUGUAAUUGUGUGUGUGUGUGUGAGUGGGUGUGUGUGUGUGUGUUCUUGAACUGAAUGCAGUCUGACAUCCCCUACCCCUUCUUUCUUCCAUGUGCCUCACCUUCCCCCUUAGCCACAGAAAGGAGGGUCUCUUCCUACGAAUCCCAUGCUGGAAGUUGGUUUCUGGGAAGCGAAACCUAAUGUCUGUGGGCUGUUUUUUAAAGCCAUGUUUCAGUUCUGUCUUCAGACUUUUUGCUGCCUUUGGGGGACAGAGGGGUGGGAAGGGUAGAUUGUUAAACUGUUUUUAAAAUCUAUUAUGGAAAUUUUGCAUGUAUAAAGUUAUUCUUAAAUCUAAAGGAGUCUCCCCAGUUUGUGGACAUGGCUCCAGGAGAGCAUCAUCACAGAUUCCUCAACUCAGUUUUAGAUGAGACUAUCCUGAAAGGAGUAUUUGAUGACAAAAGGGGGAGGGAUUGGUGUGAUGGAAGGACAACAUUGUCAGUAUAUCCUCAAAUACAUGUCAGAAGUUAGGCUUGUAAAAGGGAAAUUUUAAAGCAACCCACAGGAUAUGUAUGUCUGUUUCCACUGGGUCAUUUGAAAAUCCUUCCACUAAAUUUGAGUUUGGGUAUGUAGAUGUUGGGGUUUUUUGGUUAAAAUAAUCAUGGCUCUCUUCUAUUCUCUUCCAUGGUAUGUAGUAGAGUCUCCCAUGUUUCUAGGUGAAUUUCAUUGAUGAGAAUACUGUGAAAUAUGGAUUCACAUUUUCUUCUCCUUCUUCCCCCCCUGCUUCCUGCAUGACUGUUCUUCAGUGGGGUAUUAAAAAAAAAAACCAAAAAAACCAAAAAAUAAACCAACAAUGAAGUUGUUCAUCUUGAAAAUAAAAAGGGUAAGAUGAGCUAAAAUUUGCAAUGUACUUAAUAAACUUCCUCUCAGUGGAGGGUUUCCCCAUGACUUCUGAUUGUCACCAGAGUAUGAUGCUGUCCUGCUGCAGAAGUAAACCCAAUGCUCUCCUGUGAGAUUUCUGUCUGGAUUAGUCCUGAAGUGCACACACCUCCUUUGCCAUGGACUGAGACCCAGUGAGAAUGUAGCAUUUUCUUUAUCCUGGUUGUGUGCCUCCAGGACUCCUGCCUGUACCAAUGGUGACUGGGCAGAGCUCCUUUUUUGUAUCUGUGCAGUAUAUUUGCUUUGUGCUUUCUUCUUUGGUGCUUUUUAAUACUUUAAUACUUGGAUUUUUUUUUCUAAUAACUGGUACAAUUUUUAAUAAAAUUGUUAAAUUUG